UUCCUGCUGCUACUGGUGGUGCUGGUGGUGGUGGUCACACACCGCCCAUGCCUUCGUGCGCAUCCGAGGAAAAUCCGCCCCGAUCGAGCCAGGGACGCGGAAACUCAUCGCCAUCAUCAACCACCAACUAGCAACCAAAUCGAUCGCUCAAACUCCACCUUCCUCUGUACCUCCGCACUCGACCUGCGGCUUCGCACGGAAUAAAAAGGGGCCCGACCCGCCUGCGAGUUCUGCCCAGCGCAAGUCCUCGGUAGCCAGAGCCUCUUGCAAUCACCACCACCACCAUCAUCAUCAUCUCUCCCCCCCUACACACACACACCCAUCAACGAUGAUCCGCGCAGGUUGCACAGCAGUUGCCUGGUUUCCACGCUCUCCCUUCCAGCGCUGUCACCUACCCGCCGCCGUCUCGCAGCUGUCGCUGGUGCACCACCACCAUCAUCAGCUUCACCUCGUUCAGCAUCAGCAGUCCCGUGCCAGCUCAUCAUCCGGCAGCGGCGACUACGAUGCCGCUUUCAAGUUGGCCAAGUCCGAGCCGGAGCGCUUCUGGGCGGAGGCAGCCAAGGGGGUGGCGUGGACCAAGAGCUGGGAUCGGGUGCUGGAUGACUCCAAGAGCCCCUACACGCGCUGGUUCGUGGACGGGCAGUUGAACAUGUGCUACAAUGCACUGGACCGGCACGUGGAGGCUGGCCGUGGAGACCAAGCUGCCAUCAUCCACGACAGCCCCGUCACAGGCAUCAUUCAAACUAUCACAUACCGCCAGGCUCUGAGCGAGGUGUCUCGUCUUGCCAGCGUCCUGGUGAAGAACGGAGUGCAGAAGGGCGAUCGUGUGGUCAUCUACAUGCCCAUGAUCCCCCAGGCCAUGUUUGCCAUGCUGGCCUGUGCUCGCAUUGGAGCCAUCCACAGCCUCAUAUUUGGAGGCUUUGCUUCCAAGGAGCUGGCCGUCCGCAUCAACCACGCCAAGCCCAAGAUGGUGCUGAGUGCUUCGUUUGGGAUUGAACCAGGCCGUCAGGUUGCAUACAAGCCGCUCUUGGAGGCAGCUCUUGACAUCGCCACGCACAAGCCUGAAAAAGUCCUCGUCUACAGCCGGCCUGGCAUGGCGCGGGCAUCGCUGAUUCCGGGCCGGGACAUGUGCUGGCAGGAGGAGGUCUCAGCUGCCAAGCCCCACGACUGCGUGCCCGUCUCGUCGGACCACCCCCUCUACAUCCUCUACACGUCCGGCACAACUGGAGCCCCCAAGGGCGUUGUGAGGCCUACUGGAGGCCAUGCUGUCAUGUUGAACUGGAGCAUGUCGGCCAUCUAUGGCCUGAAGCCUGGCGAGGUGUGGUGGGCUGCCUCUGACCUGGGCUGGGUGGUGGGACACUCUUACAUCUGCUACGGUCCACUGCUGCACGGGAACACAACCGUUCUGUAUGAGGGCAAGCCCGUGGGCACGCCGGACAGCGGAGCCUUCUUCCGCGUGAUCUCGCAGCACAACGUCGUCUCCAUGUUCACGUCGCCCACAGCGCUGCGUGUCAUCAACCAGCACGACCCGACAGCGUCGCUCGGCCGCCAGUACAACAUGAGCCGGUUCCGCUCGAUGUUUGUUGCCGGUGAGAUCUGUGACAAGGAGACUCUCAACUGGGGAAAGGCCACCUUCAAUGUCCCCCUGCUAGAUCACUGGUGGCAGACAGAGACGGGCUCGGCCAUAACGGCCACCUGCACAGGACUGGGUGGAUCUCUGUACCCGCCAGCAGGGCAGUGUGGAAAAUCUGUGCCCGGAUACGACGUGCGAGUGGUGGAUAGCAAUAACCAGGAGUCAAAGAGAGGCAACCUGGGAAACAUUGUCGUCAAGUUGCCCCUGGCACCUGGUUGCAUGGCCACGCUGUGGGAAAACAACCAGAAGUACGAAGACACCUACUUCAAGUCAUUCCCCGGGUACUAUGACACGAUGGACGCCGGCAAGAUGGACGAGGACGGCUACGUGUACGUGAUGGCGCGUGUCGACGAUGUCAUCAACGUGGCUGGUCACAGGCUGUCGUCGGGCGCCAUUGAGGAGGCCAUCCUGCAACACUCGGCGGUGGUGGACUGCGCUGUGGUAGGGCUGGAGGACUCCGUGAAGGGGCUGGUGCCCUUCGCGCUGUGUGUCCUCAAGAGCGGUGUGACCAAGAAGCACGACGAGCUGCUCCGUGAGGUCGUGGACCUCGUGCGCAACAGCGUUGGCCCCGUUGCCGCCUUCCGGCGCGCCAUCUUCGUGCAGCGGCUGCCGCGUACGCGUUCCGGCAAGGUUCCCCGCUCCACCAUCGCCGCGCUGGUCAACCGCAAGCCGUACACGAUCACCUCCACCAUCGAAGAGCCGCUCGUGUUUAAAGAGCUGGAGGAGGCCAUGAAAAAUGUGAAGUGAACGCUGUGAAAUGCUGCAAACCCAACGGGGACCUGUGCACUGGGGUCUCACGUAGUAGAGCAGUCGUAGCCUGUGGAAGGGCAGAGUUACCUUGGAUUGACACACACACACGGGCAUUGUCAGUGGCCAAUUUGGUGCUGGGCCACCCAACUGAAAUACUUCAUUGUCUGACAGAUGCAAGAAGUAUUCUUUAAACAAACCUAUUUUUUACCCUUUCCUGUAUAUAUAGUUUAAACAAUAAGAUACCUAAAGGCAAGCAACGCAUAGAAUACAUUUUUGGUGUCACUACAGUGUAAGCAGACAGUGGUUGGCAAAAGGCCUUAUUUGCC